ACCAAAAUUUGUGGGCUAAAGCAGGCUGCGAAAACAAAAACCGCAUGCACAAGUCGGCUCGUUGAAAAGGGUAUAUUCAGAAACUCGAACAUAAUCUCACAGCAUCGUCCCCAAGGUUUAAAGACAUUUAUUCCUUGAUCAAAAUGAGUGAUAACGUGCCGAAAAAAGAUGUUACCGAGCAGGGCGACCAAUUUGAUUUCGAGGAGUUCGGGAGGUAUGUCCCGCUGUGCGUCCGCCGUAAUAUAUUAACCCAAAUGAUCUCUGAUUUCCCCGAGCCGAUGAAAGAGCGCGUGAAAGCGUUAAAAGAGCUCCAGUUCGAGAACACUCAGUUGGAAGCUGAAUUUUAUAAAGAAGUAUUCAGUCUCGAGUGCAAGUACCAGAAGCUCUACACCAAACUAUAUGAGAAAAGGAGUGAGAUAAUUCAUGGCAAGCGAGAACCCACACCUUCGGAGAGCUCCUUCGAUAUCCCUGAGCCAAACAUCGAGCCACAGUUGAAGGACAAGCUCUAUGAAAUUGCCAAGCACAAGAUGUCAAUAAACACAUCCUUCACAAAUGACACAAAAGGUAUCCCUGAGUUUUGGUUCCAAAUCUUUCGUAAUGUCUACAUGUUGAGUGAGUUAAUUGAGAAGCACGAUGAACCUGUUUUGAAGACUUUGCUGGAUGUCAAAGUUGACUACUUUAAUGAACCAAUGGGCUUCACUUUACAUUUUAUAUUUGGACCAAACAAGUACUUCUCGAAUAAGGUGCUCACAAAGGAAUAUACAAUGACUUGUGUUCCCAGCAGGGAGAACCCCUUCAAUUUCGACGGGCCAGAAAUCACAAGCUGCAAGGGCUGUGAGAUCAACUGGUAUCCCGAAAUGAACCUAACAAGACUCCGAAAGGUGAAAGAAGAUGAUGAAGAAGAGGACGAGGAAGAGAAGUAUUUAGACUCGUUCUUCAACUUUUUCUCCCCGCCCUCUCCUCCAAUCGCUGGACAACUAGCAAUAGAUGAGGAUGCUAUUCGGCGAUUAUCCUAUGAUUACGAAAUCGCUCAUUACAUUCGUGAGCGCAUAAUUCCCCACGCAGUGCUUUUCUAUACCGGUGAGGGCAUUGAUGACAGUGAUGAGGACGAUGAUGAAGAUGAGGAUGACGAUGACGACGAUGACGAUGAUGAUGACCAAGAGGAGCUUGCGGAUGUCAUUCGCAAACACUGGAUGACCACCAAUUCCAACCAAACUGCCUAAUUCUACAUGUGAUACUCUAUGCAUUGAAAAUGUAUAAAAACACGGUUAUCUUGUUAUUACAUUCAUAAUACAUGUUGUGAAGUUUC